CUCGAACUCCACAAAAUGAGCGGAGCACCUUUGAAAUUCGAAUCCCCAAUUCAAGAUGCAAUUUCCAGACUCCGAUUCAUUCCGACCUCACACAACCUCCUCAUCUCUUCUUGGGACUCUAAGCUGAGAUUGUACGACGUGGAGAGCUCGCUGCUCAGGUUAGAAGCUCCGGCCGAGGCUGCGCUACUCGAUUGUUGCUUCCAGAAUGAAACGGUGGCGUUUAGCGCCGGCUCCGAUGGCUCCGUUAGAAGGUACGACUUGCAUUCUGGAAAUUGUGAGACGAUUGGAAAUCAUGAUGAUCUAGCAACCUGCAUUGGAUAUUCUGAUGAAACAAGCCUGGUAAUUACUGCUGGUUUAGACAAGAAAUUAUAUGCCUGGGACUCACGUAUGGAGAAGAGUGAAAGAUCUGUGUUCGUAAAAAGUCUUGAUUUAGAGGUGACGUCCAUGUCACUCGUGGGUCUCAAUAUGAUGGUAACCAUGGGAGCAUCAAUACAUAUGUGUGAUUUGCGCAACCUCCAACAACCAUUUGAAUCAAAAGAUUCAGAUUUGAAUACAACAAUCAUAUGUAGUAGUGCAAGUCUGUAUGCUAAAGGAUUUGCCGUUGGCUCAGCAGAUGGACGAGUAUCAUUGGAGAUAUGCCAUUCAUCUAAUUCAGAUAACAUCAGAUAUAUGUUCCGGUGUCAUCCAAAGUCAACUGACAGAAGAUAUCAUCUGGCAGCUGUGAAUGAGAUUGUGUUCAAUCCUAUCACUUACGGGGCGUUUCUUACUGGUGAUGAUGAGGGUCAUGUUAUUGCAUGGGACGCUACAACCAGAAAGAGGCUAUUUCAGUUGCCUAGAUGCCCAAAUAGUGUGGCAUCUUUAUCGUAUCACCACCAAGGACGACUCCUGGCAGUUGCAUCGAGCUACACAUAUCGGAAAGCUAUUGAAAUAGAAGAGCUCCCUCAGAUAUUCAUACAUGAAGCUGACGAUGCUAACUUGAGAUCAGCUGACAUAGGAAGUUCAAGCCGAUGGAUAGGAGUUCUGGAAUUGCACUGUUGUAGAUGCCACAUACAUUUGUCCAUUGUAAUCACGCCUCUCUCUCUCUCUCCUCCCAGAAUCACACCCUCCCCCACGCUUCUCUCUGAUCAUCAAAAUCCAUAUCCCUCUCUCUCUCUCUCUCGGAGCUCAUCAGCCAUGUCGGACGAGGAGCACCACUUCGAGUCGAAGGCCGACGCCGGAGCCUCCAAGACCUAUCCUCAGCAGGCCGGCACCAUCCGCAAGAACGGUUACAUUGUCAUCAAAAACAGGCCCUGCAAGGUUGUGGAGGUUUCCACUUCCAAGACUGGGAAGCACGGACAUGCCAAGUGCCACUUUGUUGGUAUUGACAUCUUCACUGCCAAGAAGCUCGAGGAUAUUGUUCCCUCUUCCCACAAUUGUGAUGUUCCCCAUGUCAACCGUACUGACUACCAGCUGAUUGAUAUCUCUGAGGAUGGAUUUGUGAGUCUUCUGACUGAGAAUGGCAACACCAAGGAUGACCUGAGGCUUCCAACCGAUGACAGUCUGCUUACGCAGAUCAAGGAUGGCUUUGCUGAAGGGAAAGACCUGGUUGUGUCUGUGAUGUCUGCCAUGGGUGAGGAGCAGAUUUGCGCUCUCAAGGACAUUGGUCCAAAGUAGUUACUUUUAUUCCUCCGGAAUGUUUUUAGAUUUAAAUUUGAAUUGGGAUGGUUUAUUAGUAUCUUAAGGGUCACCAUUCGGGAGCUAUUCCUGAUUGUACUUGGCCUCGGAUUUAUGAGUUGAUGUCGCCAUUAAUUAGCUUAUCAUCCUUACUUUCUUUUGUUUACUGUAUGGACCAUAUGCCCUAUUUCAUGGUGUUGGUAAGUCAAUAUGAUGACUGUAUAGUGUCUGUUCUGGUUACUAGCUAUCAAUGGUUUCUACCGAAAUUGAUCAA